AUGGAUUUCCUCUGCUGCCUUUUCGAUGGUGACCGCGCGCCGUCCGACUCAUUUCAUCGCACUUACAGCGUCAUCACGGAGAAGCCAGCACUUCAUCCUCCUAUCCACUACACCAUCGAAGAAACCGCUGAGACCGUCAUCGAAAUCCUUCUUGGUGCAGACAAGCCAGGAGCUCUCCUUUCAGAGCAACUCGAUGACGCCGUAUCGGUCAACGGAUGGUCCGAAUCGUUGGCACAAAACAUCCUGAAGAAGUUGGAGGACGUGCUAAGAGACGGGCGUGAGAAAAUGGGUCCAGCUAUGGCUGAAGCAUAUGAACAGGCUUGUAUGGCCGCGGAGAUUACAUUCUCAGAUUUGUUUGAAUACGUAAAAGAGCACCCCAUCGAGAUCGCAACGUCUGUGCUUCUUUCCGUUGUUGCGUUCGGCGUGCUUGUGAGAUUGAUGCCAAUGGUCCUAGAAAUUCUAGGAUUCGGUGAAUUGGGCCCAGUCACUGGCACCUUUGCUUCUUGGUGGCAAUCCAAAUAUGGCGGAUACGUCCCUAAGGAAUCUCUUUUCUCUUUCUUCCAAAGGCUGGCUAUGAAAUGGGUAAAGGCUAACCGAGACGAUUCCAACAUAGAUUGUCCCUGGUUAUGAGUAUAGAACAUAGGGGGGAUAUAUGUGUUGCCUAACAUUGGGCGUGCUGCAAAACUCGAAAAGUCAUCUAUUUCCAUCUGAACAUAGGACAUUUGAUCAGUGUCUAGCAUCGCCAUAUGGGUCAAACAUUGGGUUGUUUUUCUCUUGUACCUCUACAUCCUAAUUCUAGCAAGCGUCC